CAUCAACCAGAGCAAAUUAAGAAAAUGGGCUCAUAAUCUAUUAAUAUUCCCAAACUUCCUCAUAAUCCGCACCAUGCCCUCUCUACACUGUCUCUGCUUCGCCACUCCCACCUCUCCAGCCCCCAAAAAUGGCGGCAUCAACCUCAAUACCCAAUCCCCACCCAAUAUUGCCAUCAAACCCUCAUCUCUCAACCCCUCCAAAACUCUCCCUCAACACUCCCCUGAUCUCCUCCUUCAUCUUCCCAACCUCUCAUCGGAUGCGAGGGAGAAGAUCCUUAGCCUGGAAAUCAUGGGCAUCGAUUCAAGCCGCGCUCUGGCCCUACAUCCUAAUCUCCGCGCCGCCUCCCCUGAUUCCAUCCACUCCGUUAUCUCUUUCCUCCUCUCCAAAGGCAUUCACCACAAGGACCUCGGCCGGAUUAUUGGCAUGUGCCCUAGAGUUCUUACAUCAAGCAUCGGCAAAGAUCUAGUCCCAGUCUUCAAAUUUCUUUCCCGAGACCUUAAGGUCCCUGAUCCCGAUCUUCGCCGUGUCAUAAAAAAAUGCCCCAGGUUUCUGAUCUCCGAUGUCCGAGACCAGCUCCGGCCGGCGCUUAUUUAUCUGCAGAGGCUAGGGUUUAAGGAUGUCACUGCGCUUGCUUUCCAUGACCCGGUGCUGCUUGUUUCCAGCGUGGAGAAUACUCUUAUGCCCAAAUUGCAGCAUCUAAUGGGGCUUGGUCUUUCGAGGGAGGAGGCUGUAGGGAUGGUACUGAGGUGCCCUAGUUUGUUUACUUUUAGUAUUGAGAAUAAUUUUAAGCCAAAGUAUGACUAUUUUGUAAAUGAGAUGGGGGGAGGGUUGGAGGAGCUCAAGGAGUUUCCUCAGUACUUUGCUUUUAGUUUGGAGAAGAGGAUAAAGCUGAGGCAUCGGGAGAUGGUAGAGUUGGGGCUGAGGCUGCCAUUGUCUUCAAUGUUGAAGAGUACUGAUAAUGAGUUCAAGGAGUUGCUGGUGCAGAGAGGUAGGUAGGAAUGUUUGUUGCUCCCUUUUACUUCCCGUGUUGAUUGAAUAAGAUAUUAUUUUUAAGGCCUUCAGAAGAUGUCCUAGUUUAUUAGUAGGUUUACUUAUUGAUUGUUAAUGAUGGAAAUUUUGAAUAAUGGCUUAAUUAUUUUAUUAGUA